AUGGCCAUGCGUCUCUCUGUCAGCGACGAGCCAGAGGGCUCUUGGGAAAAGGAAUACACCAUCUUGACCGUGGGCAACGCUGGCAUCGGCAAAACGGCAGUUCUCCUUGCCAUGACGGGGGCGGAGGAACCACUCCGCACCGAGGCCACCAUUGGUCUCGAUCGGAAAACGCGGAUUGAGGAAUGUCACGGCGAACGAAUCGCCCUCCAACUCUGGGAUACUGCCGGCCAAGAGCGCUUUCACACCAACAUUGGCUCCGUUUAUCAAAAGGCUGACGCCGUCCUGUUCAUGUUUGACAUUCACAAUCGCUCCUCCUUUGAGCGCCUCUCUGAUUGGGUGGACGAGGUGGAGCGCAACAACCUCAAAAAGUCGCUCGUGCGGUUCCUUGUCUCAACCAAGAACGACCUCGAGCCUCAAGUCACGGAGAGUGAAGCCAAGGCCAGGGCUGCCGAACUGGGCAUUCCCUACUUGAAAACCUCUGCACGCACCGGGGCUGGGAUUGACGAAUGCUGUAGUCAACUUGCGCAACGACUGCAUGGCGCCGUCGCACGCUUGCUUGAUGAAGCAAGCUCGGUCACCAUCACCGAGCCCGAUUGA